AUGUUUUGGAACAACUGGAAAACAGAGACCAAAAAUACCUUGCGUGUUUCAUUUUCAUUUCUGUUGUUGUUUUUUGCUGUUUUGAGCACAGGUAAAAAUUGGGAUUUUUAGAAUCACCUUUCAUUCUGCAAAAUCUUGAUCUGAUACCUACUGAACCUGAUGAUAGUCCAAAUAAGACAUCAUACAAAUAAAACCAGUUUCGAUUUCCCGCUUUCACAAAUUCAUCAAAAAUAAUAAAAUUUUCAGAAAGUAUAUUCCAUCCACUUGUUGUGAGUUAUGCAGAUUUAGGAACUCAUAACAUCGAAAAAACAGAUGCAUUCACAAGUUUAGCAAUUGUUUAUUUUGUCAGUGUAAUAAGUGCAUUUUUCGUUUCCCCAAUUGUUGAUUUAUUAUCUCCAAAAUGGGCAAUGGUUAUUGGAAUGACAACGAAUUUCUUAUCUCAAGCUCAAUUAUUAUAUGUUAAUAAAUAUCUCAUGUAUUUUACUAUGUUGAUUUUAGGAGUUGGAACUAAUUGUGAGUUUUAAAAAAAGUAUUUUUCUCUACAGUAACCCUACAAAAUUUUUACAGUAUGCUGGAUUGGACAAGGGCAAUAUAUAACAAAUAAUUGUACGGAUAAAACUCGUGAGAAAAAUACAUCAUUGCAAUGGGGAUUCUAUAAAAUCAGUUUGAUUUUGGGUGGAAUCACAUUUUUCAUUUAUUUUUUGAACACCGAGGUUCAAAAAGAAGUUCAGAGUGGAAGAGUAAGCUGAUUCUACAUAUUUUGAUCAUUCACCAUGAAUGAAUUCUUUGCAGAUCAAUUAUUUUGUUGGAUUUAUGAUGACUCUCACAUUUUUGGCAAUUCUGAAUACUGCAUUCCUUCCAAAAUCAACAAAAAAUGUUAUUGGACAAAAUAAAAAAUACAAAGAAUUGCUGGCUGAAGUUUUUGGACAAUUGAAAACAAAACGAACUCUUCUUCUCACAACAAUUUAUAUGCUUUUAGGAGUUUCAAGAGCGUUUUGGGUUUGUAAGUCAAACUUUGUAGAUCAGAACUAUGUACAGUACUCUUUUCAUGAUUUCCAGCAAUCUUCCCUGGAGUUGUGAAAUAUUCAAAAUUAGUCGGUGGAAAUACUUCACAAAUGUUUGCUUUAUCAAUGAUUGCAACUGGAGUUGGACAAGUUUUUGGAGCAUUUUUGAUAACUGGAUUGGGUGUGAGAGCAAGAAAAAUUGGCAGAAAUAAUAUUGUUGUGUUUGCUAUUUUAGCGCAGAUUCUUGUUAUGAUUUUGAUUAUUUUGUCUUUUCCGGAUAAUUCAGUUAGAGGUGAUUCGUUUGAAACUGGAUUGUUGUUUUCACCAAAGUGAGUUCAAAUGGAAGUGGGGCUUUCUCUAAACUUCAUUUGGAAAAUAGUUUUUCAAAAACAUAUUUCAGUAUUGGCAUCACAUUAUUCUGCUCAACAUUGUUAGGAUUUGCUGAUGCAGUCCUUCAUACUCAAGUUUACUCAUAUAUUGCUGAUUUUUAUAGUGAAGAAAGUAGCUCCGCAUUUUCAAUUUUCAGAUGUUUCUGCGUACGUUUUUGCAGUUUCAAUUCCCCGAAAAUAUGAGACAAAAUAUUUUUAGGCCAUAACCACUGUUGUUCUCUUCAUUGUUGCAAAAUAUUUCAAUUUAUUGGUUAUUUCUGGUCUCUAUUUAUUCAUGACACUUCUAGCUAUGAUUUCAGUUUUCUUUAUCAAACCAAAUCCAGAUUCCCCGCUAUCAUUACAAGCCUAA